CGGAGACACAGCUUCUCUCCGGCGGUCUUUCCUUCCUCCUUUCCCUUCGACUCGAGUCGCACAUCGUGAUUUUUUACACAUUUACUUACUUACUUACUUUGAUUUUCUCUUUCUGAACUCGGACACGUUUUUCAUUUCCUGCACAAACGGACCCCCGAGUUACUACUGCAGCAACACACCGUCAGCGGGGUAAAACCCACUUGCCCUGGCUGUCUCGCGACGCCGCCGCUCCGCAGUGUCGGCAGAACUGUGUUUUACCCGCCUUUCACACGGUCACCACCAUUAUAGACUCCAUUUUACACCCAUUUUUACCACACACACGUGCCAGGCUUUCCUUACCGUGUCGGUUCGGCGGCGGUGGGACUCGAACCUGACACGUUCUGGUGCGUAGAGCCCGGCGUUGUCCACAGGAUCUGCGUUUUUUAACCGGGAAAAACGCAAAUAAGCGCGCCCUACUUUUCCAUUUAAAAGGAACUUUUGGACGUUUUCAAAGGGGUUUUGCAGAAAGCGCCGCCGGGCCGCGAGGCGACACGUUUCCCGCCGUUAAGGAAAAGCCGCAAAAGAAAAGGUACAUUUUUUGUGCGCGAAUAAAAGUAAGACACGCGAGUGCAGCUGGAGGGAAAAGGAGCAGUAAUGAGACACGUCGUGUCGAGUGAAACAAUAAAAACGAUGUAAAUAGAGAGUAAAGGGAACGUGUCCCACACAUACCCUUCCACAACACAAAUACCACGUUUUUUUUCUGAUUACCAGUGUAAUACGGAGCGCUAUGAAAUCGCGAAACGUCGUUCAAAAACUCUUUUUAUUCGCAGCUCGGUACAAUCAUAUUUGAGACGUUUUUCUUAUUUCUGACAGGAAAGAGAGCCUCGUGCCGCAUCCGCUCGCUGUCGCACACAUUUCCAGGUGCGCGUGAGCGCGUCGCGAGUGUGUCGCGUGUGUGUCGCGUGUUCGCUCGGAACACCAAAGUCCACCUUCCGGGCCCCACAGUGUGACAAAGAGCCCGAAAUGAUCAUUUCCCCGUUUCACACAGGUCACAAAUAGACGAGAUUACUAUUAUUAUUAUUAUUAUUAUUAUUAUUAUUAUUACUGUUGUUGUUGUUCUAUGGCCACAACGAAGCCCCUCCUCGCGAGGGAUCGCAGCCCAUCCUUAUGGCGGCUGUGCGGCCCCUCUGCCCCCCUCGGACAGCGGGGGGGGUCGAGAACCAACGCACUGCUGAACGCAGAGCUCAAGACGCCGAUGUGGGAUUUGUGUCCUGUCUGCGAUGUGACUUCGGAAAAGAAAGGAAACACAGGUUGUUGGGUCGAGUCCCGCCGAGGAUGGCCGACAGCAGGGGCCGCUUCGAGCUCCUCAGAACGUCGGAAAAACUCGUCUCGGCGCGAAAGGCGUCGAAAGAGAGCAGUGUGAGGAUCCGGGUGCUUUUCCUGGACGACAGCGAGCACACGUUCGAAGCCGAGCCGAGGAUUCUGGGAAAUGACUUCUAUAACAAAGUGUGCGGACACCUGAAGCUGCUGGAGAAGGAGUAUUUCGGCCUGGAAUUCCGGCACCGCAGCGGAAGCUACGUGUGGUUGGAACUGCUGAAGCCCCUUGCAAAGCAAGUUAAAAACACCAAGGAUGUGAAUUUCCGCUUCAUUGUCAAGUUCUUCCCCCCGGAUCCAAGUCAGCUGCAGAAAGAGUUGACCAGGUACCUCUUUGCAUUGCAGCUUAAGCAGGAUCUGUGCAACGGGAGCCUCACGUGCAACGACAACAGCGCCGCCCUGCUGGUCUCCCAUAUACUGCAGUCUGAGCUCGGCGACUAUGACAAGGAGAUGGAUGCGCAACAUCUGGAGAGCAACCAGUACCUCCCCAACCAGGGCUACCUGCAAAACAAAAUCAUGCGUUUCCAUAAAAGACACAGAGGCCGGACCCCCGAGGACUCGGACACGCAGCUUCUGGAAGUGGCCCGGAAGCUGGACAUGUACGGGAUCCGGCCGCACCCCGCGAGCGACGGAGAGGGCACGAGGAUCAGCCUGGCCGUCACGCACAUGGGCGUGCUCGUGUUCCAGGGAAACACAAAGAUAAACACCUUCAGUUGGGGCAAAAUCCGCAAGCUGAGCUUUAAGAGGAAACACUUUUUAAUCAAACUUUACGAACAAAUCGAGCCCUCUCGCAAGGACACCGUGGAGCUGACCAUGGCCGGCCGGGACACGUGCAAGGCCUUCUGGAAGAUGUGCGUGGAGCAUCACGCCUUCUUUCGCCUCUCCGAGGAGCCCGAGUCCCGGCAGAAGUCCCUCCUCUGCAGCAAAGGUUCCCGCUUCAGAUACAGCGGGAGAACACAAAAACAGUUGCUGGACUGUGUGGGGAGGGGUGAGAAGAAGAACUUGCCCUUCCAGAGGAAGUACUGCAAGGCCUACUAUGACACGAGGCAAUGCAGGUCGUCGCCCGACCUCCUCACCGAUGUCUCCAAGCAGGCCUACGAGCAGAACCGCGCGUUCCCUCUCCCCGGCUGCGGCCAGCGCUGUGCCGAGCGCUGCACGAGCCUCCUGGCGCUGGAGGGGAAGCGAAGCCAGUCUGCCGUGGAGGUGCUGUACGCCAUGGAGCUGGAGCCCCGCAGACCCGGGGCCUUGGACCCGAAUGCCUACAGCCACUCGCGCUCCUCCUCCUUCUCGGGGGUGGAGCCAGCAGGGCUGGGGAGGCGGAGCCUUGGCACUCUGUUCAGGCAGUGGCUGCCGUUGGCUGAGGUGCCAGGGAGCCGCUUGCUGGGAAACGCACAGCAGCUAGUGCUCCUCUACCCUGGGCCUCAUCUCCAGCUGCACCCUGUGCUCCCUGCCAUCCCGCUCACAGCCCAGGCCUACGUUUCGGGCAGCGCCUCCUUCUCCCUGGAGUCACCGCUGCAGCUGCAUCGCCACGCAGCCCGGUGGGCCCACCGUGCUGGCCUCUCGGACGAGGUCAUCCGCUCCUCCAGCUUCUCCAGUCCCUCCUCGCUGCCCCCAGUUCGGCGCAAACGCCAGCGAUACAACGGCCUGGGGUUCGUGCCAGGACUGUGCGCUGCCGGCGUCACCAUCGACAGCGGCGACUCCGGCAGGGAGGAGGCGGGUCACUUCAGCGACGACUCCAGCUACCAGGCGGGUCUGCCCAAGCGCUCCUGGAGUCAGUCCGACGUGAAGUUCCUGCACCCGCGACCGACCGUGCACGCCGCCGACUUCCGCCCGCUCGGCCACUACCCUCACCUCUCCCGCCGCCAACCCCCCCAGACGAGGCCAAGCCACCUCCCCCUCAGUUCCUCACCCGUUCCGGAUUGCCCCGCCUCCCUCUGUGUGCUUGGUGCGGGGAGCACCGCGGAGUUCGGCUUCAGCGACUCUGAGCCGGACGUCUUUUACCCCUACUACUGCCCCGCACUGGGCAAGAUACUACACGCCGCGCCGCUGGCUCGAAUGCGCAUCUCAUCGGGCAGCUUGCAGUUGGACGAAGGGGACGAGGACUCGUUGCUCGCCACACACUCGCCCGUUGCUGCGGCCGCAACGAAGCCCUGAGACGAAGAGCAGCGCGUGUGCAGUGAACUCGAUGACCUUUCUGGAGAUGUGACCCAAUGGCAGUAAAGGUCAGCUGACUGCGGACCAGGACCAUCCAGGGCCCCCCAUACUGCACUUUUCACUGUCGGACAGCGUUUCUGGUGAGAAACAGAAGAACAGGACGGAACGUUCCUGUAGGAAGAUGCUUUAUGUGAAAUUACCCAUCUUGCAUGUUACAGUAGGGGACCCAAGCUCUCCAUCCUGGAGGUUCGACUUCUAAUCAGAUGGCAGAAAAUGGCCCAAUUCAACAAAGUCAUUUCCUGAGCGCUCUAUGGUGUAUGGAGCUGGAAAACACUUACAGUAGAGAGCGUUUACAGAGAAUAUAAACAGAUGAAAUUGUUUCUUCUAGCUGAAAGUAAGGACCUUAUGUAAUGAAUAGAUUAAAAAAAAAAAAAAAAAAGGCACAAACCAUAAA